AUGCCAGGCAACGACCAAAGCUUCGAUGUCGACGCCUACCUACGUUACAUCUUCAGCGAGGAGAACGAGCCGGAGCAGGUCCAAAACCCAAAGCCCCAGCCAGCCAUGCCGACCGGCGUGGCCACCCCCUUCCCCUACCCCAAACCCCCGCAAUCCCCUCGCCUCCUCCACCGCAGCCGCCACUGCUCCGGCCACCGCCUCCUCCUCGCCACCUCUUCCCCCUUCCGCCCAGAUUCCCCACCCCUCGCCUGCCCCAGGCGCAAGCGCAGCUCCGUCGCCGCCAUCCAUGCCUCCUCCUCCGACCCCGCCCUCUAUUCCUUCCCCUCCUCCCCGACCCCGCCUCCGCGCCCGCCCCCGGCCCCGGCCCCUCCGGAGCCCCCCUCCACCGUGGCCCGCGCCGGGCGCAGCAAGAAGAAGCCCGCCGGCGGCCGCAUCGAGGGCGGCGGCGACGUGCGGCGCGAGGCUAAGUCCAAGGCCAAGCGCCGCAGCCGCCGCCUCUCCGAGAACGCCUUCUACCGCCGGAAGCGCCGCGCCGCCUCGGGCCAGGCCGACGCCUUCACCGACGAGGAGCUCGAGAUGAUCGGCCUCGGCUACGACCGCUCCGUCCGCUUCAUGGACGGGCCCGACGACCCGCGCCUCCGCCACCCGCACGAUUGGUACAGGUUCGGCGCCUUCGGACCCUACUCCUGGCGCGGCAUCGUCGUGGGGCCGCCCAUCCGCGGCCGCUUCUCCGACGACCGCGUCUCCCUCAUGUCCGAGGUGGCCGACCACGACGAAUGGGACCGCAACGAGCAGUUCGAGAUGUCCAACCAAUUCUCCCACCGUCUCAACGAGCUCGAUGAUGCCGUUGGCUUCCGGUACUACUGGGUCUUCGUGCGGCACCCUAGGUGGCGCCCCGACGAGCCACCAUGGCAGCAGUGGACGCUCUCGGCCGAGGUCGCCGUCCAGGCCAGCAAGGACCAGCGGCUGGAUAAGUGGAGCCUCAUGGGCCGGUUUGGUAACUCGACACGCGAGCUGAUCACGCGCUGCGCGGCCUGGACGCGCCCUGACAUCCUAUAUGUCAAGCGACCACUGUACCAGUCGAGGUUCGAGCCACAGGAGGAAUUCUUCAGCCGGCUCCGCCCGUUGGUUGAUCCCUCAACCGAGAACCAGUUCUUGUUUGACCUUGAGCAGGAUGGCAGGGUCAUUCAGACGACCUACUUUGGUGGCCUUUGCAGGAUUGUGAAGGCAAGCCCGAAGUCUUAUGUGGAUGAUGUUGUAAAUGCAUACUCGAAGCUGAGUGAGGCGGACAAGUCACGCUGUCUGGAGUUCUUGCUCACAAACCAUCCCAUGGAGCUACUCCACCCGUACACCAAGGAAUGGAAAGUGAAGCUAGAGGAGAUGGAGCUUGGGUGUGAUGCGCCUGAUGAGAGUGACGAUGAGGGUGGUGAUGAGACUGGAAGUGAGGUCAUUGAUUGGGUUGAGGAUGAGGAGGUUGAUGUGAUUGAUGAUACUGAGGAUGACGAUUAUGAAGAUGAGGAAGUGGUCGACGUCAGUGAAGAGGUGGAAGCAGAUGAAAUAAUAGAAAGUAGUGAGGAGAAUGAGGACUACUGGGACGAGCAAUGGGAUAAAGCGAUGAAAAGUUCUGAUAAAAUGGAGAAACUGGUCAAGGACAGGGUUGAGAAAUCAUACGAGUAUAAUAAGCGGCAAAUGCAACAGCAGAAAGAUAUGGAAUCGCAAAUGAGAACUUCAAACACAAUGAUUAUGCAGCAGGAGCAGGCCGAGGAGGAUGAGGUGAAGCUGGUACAGCAAGAAAGUGCAAGGAGCAGAAGUGCGCUGGUCAGAGUGAAGCGCGAGCCCCCUCCAGGGCUCUUCCUGAGGGCGGCCGUCCGGCCAUUCACUUACAGGAAUCUUGUCAAGGAAAUUGUUCUGAUGAGACACCAAAUUAUUGAUGGAGAGAUAGUUUAGCUUCAAAAUUUCAGCAACUGGAGAAUUGCAGAGACUGCACAAACAAGGUUCUGAAGAAGUAUCUUCCUUGGUUAUUUACAAUAUUUAGCCAUAUUUAGGGGUGUUGAUCUCUCUGCAGUUCUGACCCUAGGGAAUACACAAGUCAUGUAAUUCUUCCCCUGCAAAAGUUUUUAAUGAAAUUUGAAGCUAAUGUUUCUGAUA